AUCGACCGAGGCGCCAGCCGAGGUCUAUAUUCAUAUUUCGAGGGGUGAACAUUUUUCAUAUCACCCUCUCAGGAAUGCAAUAUUUUUUUUAUUAUACCGAAAUGACAUUAAAGGUCAAACAUUUACUGUAAAAUCUAAAUGAUUUAUCUAACGUUAAAAAUGAAUUACCAAAUAAUGGAGACUGAAUUAAGGAGUCUUACUUGUUAGCACUCGGGCGGCAAGUCUUCUGUUUAAUAAGACAUUUUUGGUAGAUUUAGUCGAGACGUUUUCAUAUCGCUAAAUCCUGUUUAUGCGCAUAAUUAUUUCAACAUUGUGACCCACUGCUGAAAUCGCUAGCAGUAACAUUCGAAAAAUGGCGAUAACUAUAUCAUUUUUAAACGAAACAUGUAUGUGUGAGCACUUAUUUUCUUAGUUAGAUCAUUUCCAAUCUAAUGGAAAUAGUUUCGAUUCAAUAUUUGAUAAAAAGUUGUUUUCGAAAUUUUUGGCACGUAGAACAAAUCAUUAAUAAAAGAAAAAUCGACCGGGUUCACAAAUGAAAGAAAUUUAAUCCUAAAUAGCACAUCUUCUGGAAAGUUAACGUCUCAGUCUUUUACUCAGUGCAAAAGUAUCAAUCACUCAACGGGAGAUAUGAAAAAAUAAUAUCACAUGCGCAGAAAAACAAAAUAGCGCUUUUGCGCAGGUGAUAUGAAAUUAUGUAUCAUAUCACAUGCGCAGAAACUGAAAAUAACGAUUUUGCGCAUGAGAUAUAAAAUUACUGGGGAAUAUGAUAUAUUAUUCAAGUUAAACUAAUGGGAAAUUUGCAUUGGAUAUUUAUGUGAGGUAUAAUAAAGUCAAAUAUACAUGUAUGUUGCGCUAGAACAUUUAUACACUUACGAGAUAUGAAAAGGCAACAAACAUAUGCUUGAAUACAUUUUGUACUAAAAAAGUUAUCACCUUGAAAUGUGCGACACAUACACAACUCGAUACUCUGUACCCAUCGUUUUCAAAUAUAAUCAGCACAACAGACCGCAAAAUUAACACAAUGGGUAUAGAGUACCGAGAUGUGUAUGAGUUCAACAUUUCAGUGUGAUUCUUUUUGUAGUACAAACUAUAUUUAAGUAUAUGUUUGUUGCGUUUUCAUAUCUCGUCAGUAUAGUAUAUAUUGCAGCAAUAAAUUUUUAUCAGCCCUUUGUUAUCAGAUUUACUCAUUAUAAUCGGAUAUUUUAAGAUAAAUUUCACGAUAUGACUAGAUCUACUGAAAAUUUUUUUGUUAUGAAUGCAUUUGUAAUUAGUGUGUUAUAUGUAAAUACUUUUACCACACAUUUUCUGUUAUGAUCCGCGCUGUAUUUGUAAUUUUAGGUGGAGUUCUGGUACAUUUAUGCCUGGGAAGUUUCUAUGUGUUUGGGAAUUUAACACCCUACGUAAUAUCGUACCUUCGCAAUCGUACGGAUGAGCAUUCACUGCGAAAUGUGGACAAUCUGUGGAUAAUGAACGCGGCUAAUUUGGUCGGGCCAUUUGGUAUGGUGUUUGGAGGUGUGUUAGAUAGACGCUUUGGAGUGAGAAUAGCAACUGCCAUUGGAUGUAGUCUCUUUUGUGCUGGCUGGGCUCUCACGUAUUUUGCAGUGAAAAAAUCUCUGGUUUCAGUUGCGCUGUCAUAUGGAGCGUUGACACAGUUUGGUCUCACAACUGCCUAUGGUCCACCUGUACAAAAUGCUUCCAAGUGGGUUCCAAAACGACCUGCUUUAGCUGUUGGGUUUAUCGUCUGCGGAGUUGGCGGAGGCGCAUUGGUCUUCAAUCAACUUAUUACGGCUUACUUAAAUCCAAAGAAUUUGACACCGGAUGUCAAGACUUCAGAUGGGCAAAAAUACUUCACAGACAAGGAAUUACUAGAUCGUGUUCCAACGUUGUUCCUAAUUCUUGCUGGUGUUUAUGCUGUAUGUCAAAGUAUUGGGAUAGUAGCACUAGCAAAACCCCCACAAGAUACGGAGGCAAAGCGGUUGUUGAACGAUAGUAGCGUAAAUGAAAAUAUGCACGGAUCGAGGCUCCCAGUGAAAGUUGUACUAUGGAAAAUGCUUAAGAGUAAAAAUGCAAUUAUUGUUUUGGCUUUUACGUUUCUUAUACAAGGAGGUAUGGUGUUUGCUAUAAGUCUGUAUAAGGCAUAUGGUCAGACUUUUAUAGAUGAUGACCAAUUCUUGGCGUUAGUAGGGUCAAUAUCAUCUGUUUUCAACUCAAUAUGUCGUCCUGUUUGGGGGUUUAUAAUGGACAAGUAUGGCUUCCAAAUUUCGGUGAAGUUUGUGUCCGCUUGUUUCACAUGCCUUUCUGGAACAAUUAUGUUAAGUGAAUCUCUGGGAAAAGUAGCGUUUAUGUUGUGGAUUUGUGGAUUAUAUGCUAGCUUUUGUGGUUUGUUUUCAAUAUGUCCAACAACACUAGCAAAACUGUUUGGUGUGGAGAAUAUGGUGAUAACAAUGGGGUUCUUUUUUGUUGGACUUUCUGCAUCGUCAAUAGCUGGCGGGUUCAUUGGUUUAAACUUAGAGACUGUAAUAGGAUGGCAUGGACUGUUUGUAUUUGGAGGAUGCUUAGGAGCAAUAGGUAUCCUUUUCUGUUCACAUCACAGGAAUUUAACUGAAAUGCUAUUAAAACGACGUUAA